GUAUAGUAGAGCUGGCCGUAAUGACUGGAACAUACUUAACCCACAGAUGAGUGCGGUUGUAGAUGAGCUUAUCAAAGCCUGCGGGACAAGCGACACAAAUUGCGCAUCCGCAGGUAGUGAUUGGAAUGUGGUAUACCGACAAUUCAGCCGCUACAACCAUUCAUGCGCCCCGACCGUUAACUGGAAUAUCUCUGUCAGGCGACGCAGAAUGCAGAUGACAACAACAGCUGACAUUAGGCCCGAUGAAGAACUUUAUGUCUCCUACGAUUGGACCGCAACCAGCGUCUCAGACCCUAUGAGUUUGAAGGAAAGGCGAAGGCGUCUUAAACAGUGGGGGUUUACGUGCGCUUGUACCAGGUGCAUGGAAGAGGAAAAGGGUAUUAAGUUACCAUUGCCACCGGCACGUGGCUCAGAAGAUGAACUAUACAGUGAAUCGUCAUCAAGCUCCAGCUGGUCCGGUACCGAGUUCUAUCCACAGGAAGAUGGCUCGGAGGAUGAACCGGCAAAACCAUAUUCUGCACCCCAAUACACAUACACAGAGAUCCCCGAGACAUAUCCCACAUUCCAAUCAGCGCUGAGAUCCAAAUUUCCAACGGCAGAGGAAAUCAUGGAGACACUCAAUGCAUUUCAAAAGGCACCGCACCACAUGCCAAACCCAUCGUUCUUGUGGCAAGAGAAUAGUGAGUCUUCAAACCCGGAAAUCGUUGGGAGACAGUUGAUGAUGAACCAUAAUUUGACGAAAGAAGUGGCCGAUUUAUCGGAGCCGGAAUGGCAUAUGUCAGCACCGAACAGGUCAUAUUUCGCUAAUUCCUAUUAGUAUCGCAUACGAUCGUCGACUCUUCUUGGUUAGUUGCAUAUGUUUAGUCUGUUUAAUGUGUUUCGGAGGCGUAUUAGUACCUAGGUAAGUAGUUAAAAUUUACAAAGAAUGCUCACAAGAUACCUAUUUACGUCUAUUGUCUAACGUUGCCAUCCCAUUCAUCCCAUGUCUUUGUGGAUUUGUAGUGAAAGGAGUUUCGCAUGAAAAGCGCCGCACGAUUUGUGGCAAACCAUUCAGCCCAAAAUCCCAUAUCGGAUAAAAUCAAGAGUCUGUUCUUACUCAAGCUACCUAGGUGCAGUACAUAAUAUGG